UAUAUCUGCAGUCAUAUAAAUAAACAUAGACGGUGGUAUAUACUAUAAAUAAUGUUGUUUUGCAGAAAAGAAAGUGCACACAUAACAGGGCCAAAAUGGAUAUUCUUGGAUUAAUAAAUGUACCAGGAUGGGUUCUGACAGUAACCAUGCUACUUAUUACAUUAUAUUUGUAUUCGCUAUGGUAUCAAAGCAUUUGGAGACGAUUGGGUAUAUCAGGACCACGACCGAUACCUUUUCUUGGCGUCCUACCUCUUUAUAUGAAGCAGGGAAUAGCAAAAGGAGACCUACAAUUAGUCAAAACAUAUGGAUCCGUUGUGGGAAUAUACCAAGGUCACCUGCCAGUUUUGUUAGUAUCUGAUCCAGAAAUGUUGAAGGAGAUUUUCAUUAAAGACUUCUCCAAUUUUACAAAUAGACCGAUUCCAUUUAAGAUGGCUAAAGAGAAUGCUAGUGGUGUUGCUGCCGCUUAUGACAAUCAUUGGAAGUUUCUCCGCAGUACAAUAUCACCUACUUUCUCAUCCGGGAAAUUAAAACUGAUGGUCCCAAAAAUUCAAAGAUGUUGUACCGAUCUUGUUGAAAACAUUCAACAACACAGUGAACAAGGAGAACCAGUCGAUAUGAAAGAAGUAUGUGGAGCUUACACCAUGGAUGUUAUUGCUAGUACUGCCUUUGGUAUAGAAGUUAAUUCAAAGAAAAAUCCAAAUAAUGCAUUCGUUAAGCAUGCAAAACAAGCAGCCCUUGGACAGAUGUUUAAACCUCAACUUCUUAUCAUAAUGAUAUUUCCGUUUGUGAAAAAUUGGUUCACGGUUCGUUUUGCAGAUAAAGAAAUUGGAGAGUUCUUUAAAUCGGUUGUAGAAUCUGCAACUGAAUUAAGAAGAAAGGGACAAGAGGUUUACAACGAUUUUCUACAGCUGAUGUUAACAGCUCGUCGUGAUGAAAAUCAGUCUGCAUACUUUACGACAGGUGAUCUUAAAGAGUUCAAAAACAGAGGACUUAACAACAUGGAGUUGAUAGAAAAUGCUGUCACAUUUUUCAUUGCUGGUUAUGACACAACAGCCAAUACUUUAUCUUUUGCCUGUUAUUGUCUCGCAACUAAUGAAGAUGUUCAACACAAAUGUCUUGAGGAAAUAGACAAUAUUCUUCAUGGUGAAAGUCCGCAGAAAGAAGACCUUUCAAAGCUAGAAUAUUUGGACCGAUUUUUCAAUGAGGUACUUCGUCUCCAUGGCGCAGCAUUAAGAUUUAGUCGAGAAGGAAAGCAGGAUAUGACCGUCAAAGGUGUUUACAUUCCAAAAGAUAUAGACGUUUCUGUACCUAUAUAUGCCUUACACAGAAAUCCUCUUUAUUGGCCAGAUCCGGAAAAAUUUGACCCUGACAGAUUCACUAAAGAGAAUAAAGCAAAGAGGCCUGAGUAUGCAUUUGUUCCGUUUGGUAUCGGUCCAAGGAUAUGUAUAGGAAUGCGAUUGGCCUUGUUAGAAGCUAAAAUGGCAUUGGUAUUUAUGUUACAGAGCUUUUCUUUUUCGCCUUGUGACAAGACAGAGAUCCCAGUUGAAAUUGAAUCUGGCGGAAUAAUUCGUGCCAAAAAUGGUAUUCAAUUGAAAGUAAACAAGAGACAGUAACAUUACACUGGAUUAUUUUAUGCAAAUUUCAGAUACACUCUUUUGGUUUUAAUAUGAGAAAACUACUAGUGAUAUGAAAGAAGUUACAUUAAGACAUUAUUUUUGUUUGUAGAUAUCUACCAUUUAUACACAAUAAUUUUAUUUUAUUACGGUGAUAACAUAAUCGAAUCAAAUACGCCUCGAACUCGACCUCGACCUUUACUAGUGUGAAAAAAACAAUGAACAUCUUUUCAGAGCAUAGGAGUUCAUUUGUCAUGUUGUUUAUUUUCGUGGUAAUGUUUGUUGGUACAAUUGCGACUAUCAUAAAAGUGAGGAAUUUAGUUACCUUAUUCACCAGGUUUAAACCACAACUUCCUACAUAAGGACAUGCCUAUACAAGUAGUAGGAAUAUGACAGAUGUUUUCCAUUAAAUACAUUCGUUUGAGCUUCUAAAUUUUUAAAGGACUGUAGCUCCGUUUUUAAUAUCACUUGCAGUUCAGUAUAUUUGUUAUUUUAUUUUAUAUUCGGCCCUGGUUUCUAAUGUCAUUUUUAGACUAAUUGACUUAUUGCGCCAUGAGUAGCUUCUAUGAUUAACAGUUUUAUAAAGAUGAAAUAAGUGUUUUGAGUGCCAAAUUACAAGCCCGGUAUCUUUGUUGUUUUAUUUUUUAGAUUGUAUGAAUUAUAUUUUUUUAAUACACAUAAAUCACUUAACUGGAUCUAGCUGUUAGAAAUUUUACUGAUUUGGUGUAGUUUAUAAGGCAAAAUAUAGAAAGAUUAGAAGAUACCAAGAGAAUAACCAAAAAAUACAACAUUGAAAGUAUUAGUACGUGAAAAAAAAGAACUUUAAAAUAUCUUACCAAUCUCUUGUGUCUUUGAAAUGUGUGUGUGGUGUAUAUGAGUUUGUUUUCUUUGUAUUAACAAAAUGUCUUAUCAUUAAUGCUGUAAUAUAUGUAAAUACAUUAUCUUUGUAAUAGU